AUGAAGUCACUCAACCUCACGACUGAGAUUCAUUUCACCCUCCUUGGGUUUUCGGAGGUCUUGGAGCUCCAAUUCCUUCUGUUCAUGCUCUUCCUCACCAUCUACAUGCUGACUCUUUCUGGCAACAUCCUCAUUAUCCUCACUGUACUUUCAAGCCCUCAGCUCCAUUCUCCCAUGUAUUAUUUCCUUUGUGAGCUCUCCUUCCUGGACAUGUUCUAUUCCAGUGUCACGGUGCCCAAAAUGCUUACUGGCUUCCUUACUGGUAACCGAGCCAUUUCCUUUGAGGGCUGUAUUGUCCAGCUCUAUACCUUCCACCUCUUUGGAGGCACUGAAUGUUUCCUGCUCACUGUCAUGGCAUAUGAUCGCUAUGUGGCCAUAUGCAAACCCCUCCAUUACUCUGGGAUAAUGAGCAGGUUGGCUUGUGUCAGGCUGGUGGCUGGAACAUGUCUGGUAGGGUCAUUCCAUUCCACUCUUCAGACUGUAUUAACAUUCCACCUCCCUUACUGUGGUCCUUAUAAACUUGACCACUAUUUCUGUGAUGUUCCACCCUUGCUAAAGGUGGCCUGUGCAGAAACCUCUCUGAAUGAGACUUUUGUCAUGGUGAACAUUGGCGUUGUGGCCUUGAGUAGUUUUGCUUUGAUCCUGGGCUCCUACAUCCACAUUGUCACCACAAUUCUCAAGAUGCACUCCCAGGAAGGAAAGAGGAAAGCCUUUUCCACCUGUAUCUCUCACCUCACUGUGGUCAUCCUUCUUUAUGGCCCUUGCAUCCUCAUCUAUAUGCAGCCAGCAACCAGUCAUCCAGUCCUGAAAGUGGUCUCUGUCUUUUAUACAUCUGUGACGCCUGCCCUAAAUCCAGUUAUUUACACAUUGAGAAAUGAAGAAAUCAAGAAAGCCAUGAAGAAGGUGCUAUUCAACAAGAUCUUCUCCAGAAAGACAACAUAG